AAAAAAUGUCUGAACUGGAAGACCUUGAUGAGGAACCAACAAACAACACAAGACCAUCCUCAUCACAUAUUCCCCAAAGCAAGAACGAAUUAACAACAGAUUUUCCCAAAAGACCAAAAACAUCUCCCUCCAGAAAUGAUGAAGGGGCAAUUGAACAACAACAGGAAGAACGGUCGGAGGAUGUGGAUCAAACCAUCACCAAAAGAAGGAAAAAAAGAAGGACGAGAAGGCUUUUCGAUGAUGAACAAGAAGAGCAACCAGUUCUUGAAUCUGAGGUAAAUCAAGUAAUCCAAACCAACGAAACAGAGGAAAGGAUUCCAGAAAGGAGUGAAUUCCAACAAAAUGAACAUCCUACAGAAGAGCCAGUUCAAGAUUAUCUUGAAGCUGAACCAAUCACAAAAAAGUUGAUUGAGAAAGAUAUUAAACAAGAAGAAAAGAUUGUAGAGAGAAAGUUUCCAACAGUUAUAAAAAAAGAACAAGCCAAGAAAAAUCAGAAUGAAUGCUUGACACAAAUCUCGGAAAUAAGACCUGUGGUUGAAGGAGUUAUUAAACAAAUUCAGAUUAGAGUUAGAGAGCUAGGAAAGCUUCAAGAAUUUUAUUUGUCAAAACAAAAAACUAAAGAAGCAGAAGAAUGUAAAAGCUUGGCAGAAAAAUUGAAAACAUCCACCGAAAAACUGUCCCAAGAAUAUUCUUCCAAAUAUAGAUACUUUGAUCCUCAAGAGGAGGGAAUAUUUGCUGACAAAAAGCCAUUCAUGUUGGAAAAAGGACAACAUUUACUUGAACAUAGACUUUUAAGGGAAUCUAAUGGAUUAACAAAAUUUUUUGAUGAAAAUGGACAACUCAUGGUUCAAAUGGAUCCAACUGCAAAAGUAUUCACAAAACCUGGAGAAAAUGAUUUUGACUUUAUUGACAAUAGAACAAUAUCUCUUAAACGGACAAUACCAACAAGAAGUAUUCGUUCAACAACAGCAACAAAACACUACAAGAUAGAAAUAGAUCUUAGAGAAGUCUUAUUUGAAGACCACCCUUUAAUGUGUGAGGAGGAAAUAUUAGCUAGAAAAAUACAUGAAGCAUUCAAAAUGUAUAAGGAAUUGAAAGAAAAUGACAAAUAUACAUACUUCCAUAAGAGAUUAUUAGCUUUGCAAACAGAACUAGAUAGACUUAGAGGCAAAAAAGACAAGGCGGUAAAAAAAACAAACCCACUUGAUGAAUUAAGCUAUCUCACAAAAGAAACAAAAGAGUUGGAAAGAGAAAUGUCUGUUCUAAGGUCUGAAAUACGACAAAAUAGACAAGAUUUGGAAAAUGAGGAGCAAAAAGAAAUAAUGCUAGUAAAUUCAGUGAUUGGAAAUUGGAAUGCCCUUUGCAAAGUUAGAUCUACCAACAGAUAUAACGUAACAAACGUUAAAUUGGGAUUUAGAACAAUUCCUCAAAACAAGGAGGAUGACAGUUUUAGGAUACAAUACCAAAUCGAACAAGAGUUACAAGAAUUGGAAGAGGAUAUGAGAUGGAGUUACAUUCAAAAAUUAAUUGAAUUCAGAGAGCAACUUAUUCCAAAACAGGAGCAAGAGUUUUCUUCCCUAUAUUUGAUAGCAAAGAGCUCUCCCAAACUUGAAUAUUUUGAUAAAGAAGAAGAAAAAAAGAAAAUACUGACACGAAUAGAGAAAACAACAAGAUAUCCUGGGGAACCAAUUGUUGUUCCAGAAAUUUUGAAAAUGGAAAUAACAAAAGAAUCAGAAUUACCACCCAUGGAGGUCGAAAGAAGGAAGCAAAUUAGCAUGCUCUCAUACCAUAUUAAUUUAUUGGUAAAUGGAAACUAUGUCUGUAAAACUACCAAUCAACAACUAAGAUCUGAUUUCACAAUUAAUUUUAAUGAAAUUGUUUCUGUUAGCGUUUUUAAAUGGCCAGAAUCAAUCAGCUUGCAGAUUUCUCAAUCUGGAUGGUUCGAAAAGCCGCUCACUAAUGUUUUUGUCCCUGUUCCAGGUUUAGAAAGAUCUGGUAAAACAGAUACUGAAAGUGUAAAACAAAUUUCAUUUACUUCCCCGGAACCACAUGUUCCAGUUUGGGAUCUUCAGGCAACAGGCUCCUUUCCUCCUUCAAUAUUUCAAAUAUUCAAACCUGUUCUCUCUCCCAGUCAUCAUACCUACGGAAGUAUUAAACUCUCUAUUUCUUGGGUAAAGCCAUCCGAAGAACGGACAGUGGAAGCCCCAAAACCACCAGUCGAAAAAACAAAGAAGAAUCUUCCAACUGCAAGAGACUUACUCAACCUGAAACAAAUAACUUCUUGGAUGGAAACAAACAACAUUGAUCCCAAUGACCCAAGAAACACUGGACUUCUUUCCAUGUUGAAUGAAUUAGACAGAGACGAUCUUUCUAGCAAAGGUUUUUAUUUGGCUGAGCAAGAUGAAGACCUAUUCUUUUUCGAGGAAUUUAAUAGUUCUUCUUUCCAAAGACGUCUCCAUUUAUUGAAAUUGAGGGAUGAAGUAAAAGGAAAGGUACCAUUACCUAUGAUUUCUUUGAAUUUAGAUCAUAUCCAACCAAGGAAUGUUAAAAAUUAUGAGGAAAGGAUCAUCCAAUCACUCUCCAACGAGGCAAGAUUAUCAUCAUACGUAAAUCAAGUUAGAAAUUAUACAAAUAAUGUUGUAAUGAAGAAAGCAAAGAGACUAGUGAAGACAAAUAUGGAUGUAUCUCAAUAUGUUAGAGAGCCUCCACUCCCAGAAUUCCACCAUUCCAUUGAUGCCAUAAUUGAAGUAUUUGAAGAAUACCGACCUUUAAAUCCAAAAAGAGUUCAAAAGGAAGUACCUCCUAUUAAUGAAAUUAAUCAAUGCAAUAUACUUAUCCAAAUAACAAGAGGAUACAACUUCCCAGUCAGGAAAGGGCACGAUGAUGAGACCUAUAGAAACUACAGGCAAGAGAGAUUGAAAAAUGCUAGUGAAAUUGGAUUAGAAAUGCAAAUGGGAACUCGUGUUGCAACAAAUGUACCAACCAAUAUCUAUGAUCACACAAUAGCUAAUGCUGCCACAUUACAAAAAGGACCCCAAGAUACAAUUAAUUAUAUCACCAUGGCUAAAAACACUCAAGAGCAGGGAAUGCCAGAUAGAUUGCUCUCAUUCGUUGCUAUUAACUUUGAUGGAGAUAUUCAAAGAACAAAAUCUGUGGAAGGUCCAUUCCCUCAAUUCAAUCAAACCCUAUCAAUACCUCUAAAAACUGUAAAUAAUGACUAUAGCCCAGAAUCACUGAAAUUAAUUGAUAAGGAAAUUUACUUUGAUGUUUUUGAUGAAAUAACCGUUGAAGGCCUAAGAGACGAAAGAGAUUACAAUACCAUAAAUCAAAGAGCUGAAUUUAAGUGGUUAGGCUCUUACUCAGUACCAUUCUCUACUCUGUACCAAAACGGAAAAAUAAUUGGUACCUUUAGACUUAAAACACCUCCUCUCUAUCUGGGCUAUGGAAAAUCUGUUAAUGAUCAGAACGCUUACACAGCCUUAACCGUCUGUAUUACACUGGAUCCUCCUUUGCCAAGACCAGAGAAAGUUGAAGAUUUCAUAAUUACUGGAGAGGGACCUGAAGUGUAUUCUUACUGUCAGUGGUGGUCUAAAGUUGUGAGAAAGUCCAAAUAUGCAAAAACCAGGAAUGUGAAAUGUCUUGUUCCAAAUAUUGAAGGAAAGGCAACUUUACUUACAAGGUACAUUACUCCACAAGACCCUCCUCCUGAAUUACAGACAGCUUCUGAACUAGCAAGAUUUGUAUCCCUCAUUCCUCUUUUAAACGAUUCAUUAACGUUUGACGCAGGAGAUAUUUGGAUUGGAUCCCAAGAGUUUUUAGAUACAAGGGCUGGUGAUUGGGAAGAACAUUCAAUUCUUCUGUGCAACUAUUUCCUUAGUUUGGGUAAAACAACUUUCUUUGUUCUUGGAAAAGGUGUCCCAGAAGGAGAUACUGCAUAUGUUCUUACAGUUGAAACCAGCGCAACAAUUACACAUAACAAUAACCAUUCGUAUCAGGAAAAUAGAAAGUGUUUAUUGUUGUGGAACUCAGUAACCGGAGAGAAAUAUUCAGUAGAUGAUCCUCUUUGUCCCCUUCAAGAAAUACACUUAAUUGCAUCCCAAACAAAUAUUUGGAUUAAUGUGCAAAAACAUGCCCAGCCAUCCAUGAUGAAAUUUGAUCUUAAUGAUAUUUCACUAUUUUAUCCUCUAUAUAACCCAACAAGAGAUUCUAACAGGAUGAUUGCUAAAGAAUGUUGCGAUCAAAAAGGAAAGAUUCAAUAUAAGAAACUACUAUACAAUAAGUGCUCUCCAAAUAAUAGCAUAAGACUAGAACAAGAUAUUAGACGAGCAAUUGAGGAAGGAUUUUCUUUAUGGAGACACAAAGCUACGAUAUGGGACAACUCUGUUAGCAAAACAUUUAAAGAGCUUUUACAAAGUUUCGAAGCAAGCAAAAAGCUAGACCAAGCACUAAGUGAUGAAAACCAACAACAAGUUUUGGCCAUUGUAAAUGAAUCAAGUGCAGUGAAUGGUUUUCCCCUUAAUUUUUGUUUCAAGGAUAUUGAGGAAAUUGUUACAGAAGUACGAAACACCAUGGUAUACGAUACAUAUGAGCCGGAUGUAAAGUUUGCACUAGCUGUGUAUGUAGAGCCAUAUGCUAAUGAUAUUUGUAGUGUGUGGGUUUACGUUGCAUCAAUUAUCAACAAGAGAGGGUAUUAUUAA